CCUCAACACACAGGGCGGAGUAGCCUUGCUUGUGUACACUCCACUCCAACACGCGGUCUGUACAGCACGUGACCGGUCCUUCUGGUUGCUCAUCACUCUUACUACUUCACGUCUCGCUAACACGUGAUGGUCUUAUAGUUGUUCUUCACACAGUUUUACUACCAUGAGAUCACCUGGACAAGAGACAGAAAGACAAAAUACCAAAAUGGGAGACAAUAAAUCAGGAAAGAAAGGGAAAAGGGGGAGAGAUGAAUCAGACAAAGUCGUGUCUUACGAUGACAACUUUUCAGACUUCUCACCAAGAAGAGGACGAGGAGGAGGAGAUCGGGGUAGCUUCAGAGGAGAACGGGGUGGCUUUAGAGGAGGAAGAGGAGAUCGGGGUGGUUUUAAAGGCGACCGGGGUGGCUUCAGAGGAGACCGGGGUGGCUUCAGAGGAGACCGGGGUGGCUUCAGAGGAGACCGGGGUGGCUUCAGAGGAGACCGGGGUGGCUUUAGGGGAGAAAGAGGUGGCUUUAGGGGGGGAAGGGGUGAACGAGGUGGCUUUAGAGGAGGAAGAGGAGACCGGGGUGGCUUUAGGGGAGGAAGAGGAGACCGGGGUGGUGGCUUUAGAGGGGGAAGGGGGGGUGGAUACCAAGGAAGCAGUGAUGAUGGUUUCAGAGGAGGAUUUCGCAGUCAUGGUCCACCUGAGGUCGACCCCUGUUCACUCUACGUGUUGUUCCCAAAAGUUGUUACUGGUGACGAUGCCAAGAAGGUGUUGGAAGUUGGGAAAGAGGCAAACUCCAUCAAUUUUGGAAGAAUGGUUCGUAUAUAUUUUGAAUCGGAAGAUCAAGUUGAAACGGCAAAACAAAAGAUAUCUGAAGUUAACUUCUCUGGAGAGAGACCAAAGGUUGAAAAUGCCUACAAACAGCAUCAUGGAUCACAGAAUGAAAAGAGGGCCCUGAAUGAGGUUUCUGAGAAAUCAUCUAAAAAACAAAAAGUGGGGGUAGCCGUAGUUGAAAAUGUGGAGGAGGAGGAGGAGGAGGAUGAUGAUGAGGAGGAUGGUGAUGAGGAGGAAGAGGAGGAUGACGAUGAGAAUGAGGAUGGCGAAGGUGGUGAGGAUGAUGAUGAUGAUGAGGAUGAUGAAGACGAUGAGGAUGCUGAAGAUGGUAAUAUCCUUAAACUGCAAAAUCAGGGCGGUGGUGGUGAUGAUGACGACGAAGAUGAUGACGAUGAUGAAGACGAUGAUGAUGACGACGAGUAAUCAUGUAAUUUAUGAAUAUUGUUAGCAUAUUUAUAUUAUGAUCUAAUGAUACAUAAAUUUAUACGAGUUAAA